AUGGACGACCCCUCGACCAAAACAACCAAAAUCCUAACCCACCUCUCCAAAACCCUCUCCCUCUCCCCGCCCCAAUCAACCCACCCGCCCGCAACCCUUACCGGUCUCCCGACAUCACACACCGGCACAGCCUACCUCUUCCUCUCCGUCUCGGCACACCACCCCCGCCUCCAGAUCCACUCCUACCCGGCCAUCCACUGGGCCCGCGCCUACAUCUCCAAUAUCCCGACCCCGUCCGCCCCGAUAUCUCUGCCGUCUAGUACACAAGAGACAGCACGAGACACGCCCUUCCUAGGCCUCCUCUCCGAUGAUCUAGCCGGCCCCUCCAUCCGCGCCUGCGUGACGAAAGACCUCCUCCACGUCCGCAAGUUUCUCGCCAUCCUCUCUCCCGUAUUGGAAUACAUCAUCUCCUCCAACGCAAACGCCAACUCCUCGUCCGCCUCAGCACCGACGACAAACUCCUCCACAGCAAUGGACCUAGACGCCCCAGAACCGACAACAACGACAACACCACCCCUGCCAAGCUGUCUCCUCCACGGCCUCGCAGGGACACUCUACCUACUCCGCCUAAUCCGCCACUGGGUCCCCUCCUCCGCGCCCCUCGUCUGCGGUGCGAUAGUCCACGUGUCAGAGUACCUUCUCGGCCCACAUCCCUGGACAUGUCCCUCACGAUUACCAUCGUCGUCACAGCCACCUCAUUCAUCACCACCGCCGCCACCAGAAGACACCUACGGCACAACUCACGGCGACCUAGGCAUAAUAACCCAACUCGUUCUCACAUCCCCUCCCCUCGCCGCCUCUCCGUCCCUGAUAUCCCGCCUCGCAGCCCUCCUAGACCUCCAGUCUCCCAACGGCGACUGGCCGGGACCAUCACCCACCUCACCUUCACAACCUCCUCGAAGCGAUGUACAACAAUCCUUAGACGCACCGCCAACACCAGCACAACAAGAGCCCUCAGAAACAGCGGCGGCAUCAGCAUCACAACCACGAUCCCGCGGCUUCGCCUCCGGCCCGCAAGGCCUCGUCAUCUCCCUCCUUUCCCUACGCCCCUUCUUCCCUAGCCUCCACGAUCGCAUCGACGCCGCAGUUGACAAGGCCCGCGAGUUUCUCUGGGCUAGGGCGGUUGAUCCUGAGGGACCGACUGAGGAGGUGAAUCUGUUUUACGGGUCGUUGAGUACCGCGUUAACCUUCCCAGAAGGCCCCAAAAGAGCCCACCUUCUAACUCAACAACCCCCCUCACCAAACCAACCCCUCUCCCCGCCCACAUACACCAACACCACAACCACAUCCCAAAACACAUCAACACCAUCCCCCUCCUCCUCCUCAACACCAACGACACCACCAACAGCAGGCUCCGUAACAACGGCACCCAACCCAGGCUCCGCAUACCUCCACGCCGUCGCCGAGCGCGAUAUGCCCCGCAUGAUCUUCUACAACGACAUCUGA